ACCUAGUAUUGCUGAGCAUAAUGGCAUGCUCCGUACAAACAGGACUAAGCCGAGAACGUAUUAAUGAACGCCUGGACGAAGCCAUUCGAAGGGCGAAAAACGGUGUUGUCCAUUUAAAGGAGUCGUCAAUCAGCGCGCCAGCGGAGACAUGGCCAGCGGAUAGCAUCGUCAGGUCACCCGAAGGAGUCACAGUGACUCUGCACUGCAAAGGAGGGAAUCCUGUGCCGGUGGGCACAGAGCAAAAACCACAGAUCUGGUUGAACGGAAGGCAGAAAUUCACCGUGAAAUCAGAAACGAUGCCGUUCGAGGUGCAGACAUGCAGUUGCCUUGUUGAUUCGAUCGAUACGCCUUUUUCGAACAAAUACACCGUGGCCCUGAAUAACCCUAGCACGGGAGAAAUGAUUAUUGAAUUACUGUCAUUUUCUCAUGUCCAUGCCGGGAAAUACGACUGUCGACGGUACAACGGCAGCUCUUUUCUCACCACCGAAACAUUCUUUUUCAGUCCAACUGUCACACCAGCUCAAGUCUUUCAGCCACCGAUGCGCAACGUGACCGUCAUAGUGGGUGACACCGCCCGUUUUCCAUGUUAUGUAAAAUUCAUAGCCAUGCCGGGCGACUUUGGAGAUCGGUUUCUCUGGAGAAACGAAGAUCACGUCAUUUAUGCUGAUGGGUUUAAGGAAUUUCAGACCGGGCGUUCUACAAUGACCAAUUUCAGGACUACCGUUCACAUAAUAACGGAUGGCUUUUGCCACUGCCACUCAACUCUGGAAAUCUUGCGCGUGCAGCCCAACCAUGCCGGACGUUACCAAUGUUGGUUUAAAGUAGAUGACGUCUUCCAGGAAUGGAUUGUUCAAGAUGCUUAUUUAAUUGUGCUUACCUGA